AUGAUGUAUGAUGAGGAUCUGUACAAUGAACGUACACUUCCACCCGAGUUCUCAAUAGAAGACCUGCUCAUGAAGCUAGAAGGACAAGGAACGACGUCAUCGCCCUGGCCGAGACGAGACGCCGCCAACAAUUCAACGCCAUCUAUGACACCGGAGAAGAACUGGUCCUCGGAACAUGCGACAGCGCCGAGAUCAAACUAUGACGAAGAAGAAGUCGAAGCGUUCUAUAUGGACUUGGAGAAGUUCUACAGAGAAGACCACACAUUCUUCAAGGUCAUCAUUGGAGAUUUCAACGCCAAGAUCGGACCAAGAAGAACGUCUGAAGAACGUCACAUUGGGACCCACGGAUUAGAAUGGAUCGAACAGGGUGAGCGGCUAUCUGAGCUUAUUAUGACGACCAAGACUAUCUAUGGUAACUCGCAAUUCCAGAAGCCCCACUCUUAA